GGUUGCUAAGGACAACACAAACAUUCUACAUGAAAACUUCAUAGUUUUAACUUCUUACACCUGAUUUUUGGCGUUGUUUUGUUAAUUUUACACCCCCAAACGUUUUCAAAAAUGCCACCGGCAGGUAGAAAAGCCUCUGGUAAGAAAAGUUCCCCUGUUCAACCUUUUAACAAGAACUGGGAGGCUGAUCUCAUCAAAGCGCAGUUCGAGGACACUUGGCUUGCCUGUGUGUCUCUCGUGGUUGGAGAUGGUCCAGAAGAAGAGGAAGAACUAAUCAAGUCUCUGGUUUUGAGUUUUGAACGUCCACAGCGCAAACUUUUCUCCCUCAUAUCGUGGGACAGCACAGUUGAAAAGAUCAAUAAGCUGGGGAAUCCCAAAGCAAAAAAGCCAGAUAAUCUUCCCUUGUUUUAUGAGUGUACUGAGCCUGCUAAAUUGUUGCUGGAUGCCGGAGAGGAAAUUCCCAUCGAUCUGGUGGCAAAAUUAGUGAAAUUCCAGCUGCUGGAGGUUAAAGCCUGUGAUCAAAAGAGACGGGAAGUUGAGCAGCUGAAAAGUGAAGAACAAAAAGGAAAGACUCCACCUCAGUCUGAUGGCAAGGGCAAACAAAAGGACAAAAAAGAGAAAAAGGGAAAGGGUCAGGCCGCUGGUUCAGACCUCUCCAAGGACAAGAAAACUAAGCUCAAACGCAGGGGAGAUGCUGAGACGCCCAUAUAUAUAGAUGAUGAGCCAAAGGAUGGUCCCCAACACUAUAUUCUGAUAGUCGGCUUCUACCAGCCAAACCUGAUAGGAGUGCUUAAUACCAUCGGUGUUCAUGUUGCGAAUGUCAUCAAGUUGUGCUCCAAGCACAAAGAAGUCUCUCCAGAACCAGUAGAGCUGGACGUUCAGGAGGAAGCGGAGCAGAGUUUUCCAGUUGUGCCUGCAGAGGUUCCAGAAAGUACCAGAAAGCUCAACCUGUUCUGGACUCACCUGAAGUCUGUUUUAGACAGCGGCCCACCAGACUCUAAGCUCCAUGAUGUGAUUCAGCUGAACUACAUCGUCCCAGAUCUCACACUCCCGUUCGAAAUACCGGACCCUCACUCUCUGCUGGAGCUGGGAAGCCGAGUGUUUGACGAUGUUGCCAGACUCAUCUAUGACUGUCUGCAGUGGCGCCGGCAGCAUCAGCACUACAGAGACAAUGUCCGGCUCAUCCGUAUACCCACAGCUGUAAAGGAGGAUGUACAUACUGAAGAGUUACGUCGUGAGUCCGUUGCUCCGCUGAUGUCUCGCUCUAAAAAGAAGCUAACCAAAGCAUCUACCUCACCACCUUCAGAAAGCAAGGCGCCUCCAACUGUACCUGUGAACGUGGACAUGCGUUACUAUAACAGCCUGUUGGACAUGGUUCCCCCUGAAGCCUGUUCUGUACCCCUGAUAUUGCACUCUAUGCUGGAACAGGUGGUGGUUUCCUCAGAGGUGCCUGUGCUCCCUUUGUUUCACAUUUCUGAGGAAGAGGACAAACCUGCCACCGGUCCCUGGUUAGAUUGUGAUCUGGUUAGUUAUAUGCUCCAAAGCUUCCUCCCUCUGCUGAACACAGAAGAAGAGAAACAUCAUUUGUUAGAUGAGGCCCUCACUACCGUGGAAAAGGAAAAGGACAAGGAGAGACUGAUGAAGAAUUAUGGGACAGAGCAUGCUCAGAGGCCUGGUGACCCUGUGCUUCUCAGAUACCACGACGAGAGGGGAAUAAGAUUACAGAACAUCACCGGGUCUAAGGGUUUUAAUCCGGCUGAGAUAGAAACAUCCAUUUUGAAGACUAGUCCAGUCUCGAAGCUCAUUCAGUCCGUCGCUGAACAGAGAAACGGUGACACCUGCUGGAGGGGAAUGAAACAACAGCUGCAGCACUACUGCACAGAUGAGGACAUGCCCUGGCCCGAGGUGGAGCGGCUGUUUGAUCAGAGCGUGUUUGAGGCUAUGCCACUGACCACAGUGGAUCAGCUGGGUGUUUUACUGAAUGAUGAUGAAACACAGCAGACACAAACCGUUAUUCCCUGGGGAAAUCCUUUGUUAUAUGCUAGACAGAAGCUUCAAACCCCGCGGACUAUAGAGCCAACGUUUCUCACUGAAGACCCUGGAAACUCAGAGCACCUGAAUGGGGAAAUUGGCAGCCAGCUGGAUUUAUGUGAAAUCCAGCACUGGAGACAAAGAUGUCUGUUUGACUGGUACUAUACAGAACAUCACAGUGCCACUGUUUUUCCACAGGUUCUGCAAAAGGCCUCAGAGGAAUAUUGUUGCAUGGACAUCUUCAGAGAAAGCUAUGCAAACAUCUUAUAUGUUUUUUGCCACAAUCCUAUGAAUUCUCACGGCCUGUCCAAACAUUUCUGGGAUGAGGCCCUCCACAGUGAUGUCAAGUUCAGAAAUUAUCUGGAGCAUGUUGCUGAUAAAAUCUACGACUGGACAAUGGACGAAGAGGUAAAGAGGGAGGAAAUGCUGAUGAAAAGCCAGAUGACUCCAACAGACCUUGAACGCCCCGGAGCGGAGGAAGAAGCUCAGGAACCAGUCAUCAGAAAGGAAUCCCUCAAAGCCUGGAAACUGGAGCAGGAGCGACUGAAGAAAGAGGAGUUGGACAAAAAAUUAAAGAAGGAGAGUAAGGGGAAAGGCCAGAAGAAGGCAGACAAUGACAAAUCGGCUGACAAGAAAGGCAAAGUUUCGGCUGAUGAUAAGAAGGAUAAAAGAGGCAGCACAGCCAAGAACCCCAUCGAAUCGGCCAUUUCCUUAGCAUCUGCUGAUGCUGAAAAGGGAGACCCUCUUCAGACAGAGGAACCGGACAAUAGAUUCAUCGGCUACAGCAUGGACGGACAGCUGAUUCACGUGUCGGGAUGUGUCCAGCAAAUCUACACCUCAGAUGGAGGACGCGUCACUGUGGAGAACGUGAACUUUGUGGAAGGUUCUACCUUAAUAAAAGUAGCGUUGAGGAAGGACGGACACCAUUUCUACACACACGUCAACCAUGUUGUUACCAAACACCUGAAACCUCCCAGCGAGCCGCAGGACAAAAAGAACAUGGAGCUGAAGGGUGAAGUGAAAGUUUUACAGCCAGGAGCAGUGAAGCUGUGCUCCUUCUCAGCAGUCCUUCACAAUCAAAUCCACCUCUCAUACAGUUUCUAUGGCGCAACAGGACAAUACAAAGAGAGUCUUGAGGAGGAGGCGGCUAAGGAGGAAAUCCCAAAAGCCUCCCCGGAAGAACCCGUCGCUUUGCCUUCUUCCAACUCUAUCUCCAUGUUGCCACGGCAGUCCAGUCAGGAAUGUGCAGAGCAGCCAGCUGAGCCGUCGCCUCAGCCACCGCCGUCGCCUCAGCCACCGCCUCCGUUCAACAGCCUCACCCUUUCUGUUCCCAACGGCCUGCUGCUGCAGUUUCAGCUUGACGACUCGCAAGGAGAGUCGCCUGAAUAUGGCGUUUUAAUCAGGCAGAGCUUUCCUUUCCACUGUAAACCCGGGCUGGAUCUGCCGGACAAAUCCCUUUCUCAGGAACUGUAUCGCAUCAUUACCAACCAGGGAGUCGUGAUUCGUUACCUGAGAGACGGCGCCGCAGAGCUACUGUUUGCAGAUGGAUCGGUCAGUUUCAGCCCAGGUUCAGGUCCAGGUCCAGGUCCAGUGUUGGUGUCUGAUGAUGAGCAGAUAGAGGAGACCUCAGAGAAGGAAGAUGAGCCUCAGAAACGAUCGUGGCAGACGACCACUUCAACUGGAGAGCGCAUUUGGACCACUGGACCAACAUACAGCGUCGUACCCACAACCUCUCUGUGCACCUUCUUGGCCACAGACCCCUUCACCCAGGAGGUGAUGCUGACCCGGGAAGAUCUGGUGGUUACGGUCAAGAGCCCAGAUGGAUCUAUUAUCGCCGAGCAUGCAGAUGGAACAAGGAUCACCACCCUCUUUCUAGUCACACCACCUAGCGAGGAGGUGCCUGAUUGUGUGACCAAACCAGAUGAGCAUGAAGAUGUUUGUGACAAAGGAGAAAGGAUGAGCGAAACCUCGGAAACCCACGAAUUGAACGAAACGGUUUCAAAUGAUAAGAGUGAAGAAGAAAAAGAGUCGACCAGAGAGCGGGUGGUGAUUGUGGAGAAGGAGGGCUGCGCAUCAGUAGUGAUGUACCCGAAACGCCACACAGCUCACGUGUUUUUAGCUGAUGGAACCAUCAUCACUGGGAACAACCAAGCGGAGUAUGAGGUGUUCCCGUCUAGAGACGGGUUUCUGCACAUCCAGACUGAUGGGAAAUGUGUUUAUACCUCUGACCUCGAGCCAAAUGCUUGCUCCCCCUCCAACCGACCAGGAGUUUACACCAUGAGUCACACAGACGAAGUGGUGUGUGAUGUUUCAGACAAGAACGGAAACCACUUCCAGGUGGUAGAAUAUGGACAGACUUUGCUGCUAAAUACAAGUCCCGCUCCAGAAACUCCUACACAAGAGGAAGAAGAGAAGACAGACAAAUCAAGGGCCACGCUUGAUGUAAAACACAAAGAUCGUUGUCCCAGGAUUUUUCUGGUGUAUAAAGACGGUUCUGGCACUGAACUGCUGAACUCUGAUAUUGUAGAGGAGCAGCUCCAAGAGGCGUACUCUGACCCCACCAUCGCACUGCUUAAGGAGCCUCUACCAGACAGACAAGAUGAGUUUGGCGUCACUAUCCUGAAGCCGGGCCACCCGAGCGUCUGGUCCAAAUGGGUGCUAAAGAAACAAAACCCUGAUAUCACCCCUCCAAAUCUCAGGAACCGCUCUGAUGACUUCCAUACUGCAGAGGUCAGCCCUCCACUUGGUUCUGGCACCAGCGUUGCUCUGUCUCAUAGGGAGAGAUGCGCCAGUUCCUUAGCACGGCAGCGUAUCUGGAGCUGCCCGAGAGUCCUGGAGAUCAGGGAACUCUCCCAGCACCGACCCUUUACCACGGUGUUCAGAGACGCUCUAGAUUCACGGCUAAAGGACUACAUCGAGUGGCUGAUACAGAGAGAGGUGCUGGCAGAGCAGAUGAAACUGAAAGAGCUCCGCAGUGACGAGGAGACUGCUCAAGCCACAGAUCUCCUCAGUCUCAUUCUGUCUUUUGCAGAGUUGGACGAUGAGAGCCACGGUUCUGAUUCCAGGAGCUCAGGUGCAAAAACUAAAUCAUCUGUAGCGGACUAUGCCAGUAUGUACAGCCAGGGAGUCAAAGCAUCAGUUGACUCCCUUGCUUCAGAAGGAACUGACAACUUGGGUGCUGGUGACAUCUUUUCUACUGCUAGAAGAGAGUCAAGAUGGCCUGAAAAACUUGAGCUGCACAGACAGGAGAUGAGUGAAGACAAGACUUACAAAGAGGCUCUGAGGAAGAAGAGUUCUGUUCCUUAUUUCCAUCCAGAAAACUUUCAUAUUUACCAAAAUCUGCUACAGUGCCAAAGACCCAACAUAAAGAGUACAUCACAGGAUCUUCCACUGCCUACCAAGGUGGACAGUGUUGAUAAAAGUACCAGUGUGGACAGAGUUGAGCCUGAUAUGAAAGAUGCAUCAACUCAGAGCACUUCACAACCUUAUAACCUACCAGUUCCUUCACCAGAAAGUCAAGCAGAAGAAAGUGAGAGGAUGUCUGAAAGGAGACACUCAGACCUCCCCAAACACUCUCUUGGUGAAAGCAGUCUGAAGAGCUCAUCCAGGCGCUGUAAGUCAGUCCAGGUCGAUGUGACGGGACAACCCAGAAGUUCGAAGGUCAGACUGCCCGGCUACCUCCGCGGCUCCAAACCCUGCAGCGUGCCAAACAAACAUUUCCUGAAGGUGGAAGAACCUGUGAGGAGGCAUUGUCGGAUAGCUACCCUGACUGAUCCCGGUGCUGCGUUGAGGGGCUUCCUGCUCAACCCAUCGCGUGUUGACUUUGGUACGCAGCAAGAGGGCACCUACGCCACCAUUACAGUGGCAAUGAAGAAUUUGGGAGUCGACCCAUCCAGGUUCACCGUGAAGCAGCCUCCUCCAUCCACAGGCCUCAGAGUCAUCUACCACCCUGGACCUGUGCCCUCAGGUCUGCAGACGGAACUGCAGGUCCAGCUGUUUUCCACGUGUGAUGGAAUCGAGCUGAAGAAGUACGUCUCCGAAGACAUAACCAUCCUCACUGAAGCUGACAUUCUCUACCUUCCUGUCACUGCUGUCAUCCUUACUGAGAGAUUUUAUGUGGAGAAGUCCAUGUGUGCAUGCAGACAGGCAGGGGCUGAGUCCAUCUGCUCUCACAGCUGGCCAGAAGGUCACAUGGAUGAGCCUUCAGCGCCCUGAUCUAUUCUCAGGCUACACUUGCAGCACAUGGACUCCAGUCUGGAUUGAACUUUGAAAAUAUAGUCCCCAACAAAUAAUAGUGGUGACUUUGCAGCUUUUUCUCAUUGCUGGCAGCUUCUUAUUUAGUUUCAUUUGAUCCCAGGUAGACUGGGAAGAAACUGGAGUACCUGGAGAGAACCCACGCAUGCACAGGGAGUUCAUGCAAACUAAGAGCAGGAUUCUUGCUGCCAGGCAACAGUGCUACCAACAGUGCCACCAUGCAGCCGUCAAACAGAAAUAUAAUCCAGUUUAAGGGGAAAACCAAACUGGAAUUUUGGGGUUGAAUUUUUCUGGCAUAAUUUGAGAGCACACAUUUUCAGUCUGGAAGCAGGAUUUCAUGUCUUUUGUUCUCAAAACUUUUAAAACUUGUGCUUACAUUUUCAGUCUGAAAGCAGGACUUUGUCUUUCUCCUCAAAAAUUUGUAAUGUUUGUACUCAAAACUUUUGCUCUCUUUAAAAUAUUCUGACCUCUCUCAAACCUUUUUCCUCAGACUUGUCUGUUCGGAUCAAAUCUCCACUUACAAACCUCUCUGCUUGCUUUCAAAUCAUUUUCUGCUCUCUCAAAGCAAAAAGUACCGUUGCCUGGCAAUGUUCCAGCCUAUAGAAUGAAAGUGUUAUACUGGGUUGUCCUCAAGGGUGCGUUUGUUUCCUUUUAGAGGGUGUCCCUGUGUGGCCAUGUAUCUGUCUAGAUAUCUAUCUAUACAGACAAAUAAGAACGGUUGAUCUAGAUAGAUGGAUAUUAACCAUCAAACUGAUACAAAUCAACAGCCGUUCUUUUGAAAGCAGGCGGUGACUCUUUAAAGUGUAACUCACCUUUCAAGACUCUCUUUUUGGCCAGGAAACUCCCCACAGAAGCCAACAGCAUUGCAGACUCACUCCUAAAGUCACUUCAGAAAUGAUCUAACUCCUGGUUUUGAACUGGAGGAUGUAGACACACACACACU